AAAACGAAAAAACACCCACCAAAUAUAAAUUUAACGAUUGAAAAACUUUUAAACCAAAUAUUAUUGUAUUGUAAUUGCGAGAGACGCGUGUUUGUGCUUGGAGAGUGUGUGUCGAGUGUUGCGGAUGAUUUUUGGUGUAGUGAAGUUCGUCAUCUCCCUAGUGUCCUAACAGAAAUAGAAAAUAUAUUUACAUCUCUGUAUAGCAAAGCAAAUUGCCAGCAAUGUCGCUGCCAUUGAAGGAUAAACCUUGGCUGCUGCUAUUUGGCCUAUUGGCCGCUUUAUGCUCACUGCAGUCACAUUGCCAGGCAGCGUAUCCAUAUUAUGGCACUAAGAUUGGCUCACUGACACGUCUGCAUCAUGGUGUUUCCGGCGAUGUCUAUGCCGUCGAUUCGCGCACGAUUUUUAUUAAGAAAUUCAACUACGAUGGUGAAGCCCCGGCUGCCUAUUUCUAUGUGGGUAGCACAGGCAAGCCAAGCAACGAGGGUGGUCUACGCCUGAGGGACGAACGCGGUGGCACUGCAUCAUUGACACGUCGCUAUCGGAACAAGGAUGUGACACUCUCGCUGCCAGAGGGCAAAACUUUGCGAGACAUUAAAUGGUUUUCAGUGUGGUGCGAUGAAUUCGCUGUUAAUUUUGGUGAUGUCUCCAUACCCAGUAAUUUGGAUUUUCCACGUCCCCAAAAGAUUAACGGCUUGAGAGGUGUUCAUGGUGUGUCUUCGGAUAACAUUGUCAUAGUGGAUGCUCAGACAUUGUUGGUGCCAAAUUUCAGUUACGAUGGCCAGGCACCAGAUGCCAAAUUCUGGGUGGGUCGUGGACAACGUCCAACACCCGAAGGCCUACGCAUUCCCGAUGAGAAUGGCAAAGAGAAUCCAUUGCGUCGUUAUGAUCGCAAAACAAUUGUGCUCACAUUGCCAGAGGAUUUGACCAUUUUUGAUAUUGGGCAUUUUGGUGUUUGGUGUGAGGCAUUCACUGUUGAUUUUGGACAUGUUAGCCUGCCGGCAGAUCUCAAUGUGCCACCCUCAUUGAAAAUGCUGGGCAUUAGUCCACAGUCCAAACUUAACUGUGAGGUGCUCUACGAUGAUCUGGCUUUUGAGGUACGCUGGGCAGUGGCCGGUGAGAGUAUUGUGGUGCAAUUGGUGGCCAAAUUGGAACCCAAUAACUACAUGUCCUUUGGCAUCUCGCCAAACAAGAACAUUAGCCAGAUGAUAGGAGCCGAUGCUGUUGUUGCCUGGGUGGAUCCCGAGACUGGAAAUGGCUUUGCCCAGGACUACUAUUUGGAUGGCAAAGCUCAAUGCUCGGGUGGAAGAGGUGCUUGUCCGGAUACCAAAAUAGCAGAGAAGACUAAUUCGAUACGUUUGCUCAACGCCGCCAUGGUGAAUGGCUACUCUAUUGUCACCUAUCAGCGAUCUCUAGCCGCCACUGAUCGUCUUGACUUGCCCAUUUCUGUGAACGAACCGGAAUCUGUGGUCUGGGCUAUUGGGCCACUUAAUGAUUAUCGUGAGGUCUCGUUCCAUUCGUUCUAUAAUAAGCAUUUGCAUCAGAUUGAGUUUGGCCGCCAACCCAAAUGGAAUUGCCCACUACCAGAGGGUGCCAAGUCGAGUGGUAAUUCGGCUGAAGAUGAGGAUGAUGCUCCACAGCAGCAGAGCUCUACAGGUGGUGCAGGAUAUCCACCUGCAGGACGUCCCAGCUCUGCUGAGCCCGAAGAGGAAUUCUAUGAUAAUCGUCCACAAGCUUUGCAUCGAACUCCCCAACCCCCCGCUCCCCAGAAACGUCAAGAGACGGCUAUUAUCACCCAACGUCGUCCUGUGCCAACACCAAAGCCAGUUAACAGCGAUGGCGCCUGGGAUAUUCCAGCCAUCCAAUGCCAUGAGCCCGAAGAUGGAGUAUUCUAUGCUCAGAUGGGCCCAACUGGAGGCAAGCAUGGAUAUCCAGCCAUCACUGGUCACGUCGGUUGGGGUAUUUCGUGGUACAUCAAUGGUCUGCUCAUUCCCGAGCUUCAUGUUGUGCGUGGCAAGACCUACACCUUUGUAGUGGAGGGUGGCAAUAAUCCCGAUAUACCAGCCAAAUAUCAUCCAUUCUACAUUAGCGAUGAUCCAGUCGGUGGCUACGAGCAUAAACGUGAAGAAGAGAAGAAGGCCGUUCGCAUCUUUGCCGGUGUGCAUCGAUCUCGUUCCGGACAGGUGACCCCAACUGGUGUUGGUCGUCUCUGUAACUGGACACCCGAUGUUGAAGGACCACCGGCCGAUGAUUAUCAAUCCUUUGGAGCUUAUCAACGUACUCUGACCCUUAAAUGCGAUGCCGGUGAGCCGGGUGUGAUUAGUUGGACACCGGAUCGGAAUACACCGGAUACAGUUUACUAUCAUUGCUUUACACAUCGCUACCUGGGCUGGAAGAUCCAUGUGCACGACUCGUGCGAUGGCGACAAUGCUGCAGCUGCUUCCGAGCGGCAUGAGGUACGCCUGGCUGGAGCUGAGCCGGCGCCGGUCAACGAGAAUUAUGCCGCCGAAACGAUACGCCACGAAACCAAGGUCAGCCCCAACGAUAAUAGUUUUUUAUUGAAGCACCAAACCGAUUUGAUUAAGAAUCACAAUAUGAAUGGAACACCGCCUAAACUGAGUUUUGAAAUAACAAAAUCUUCGGAAAUAACCAAACUGAUUUCAGAUGGCAUCCGCGCUGCUGAGGCUCUCGAGGAGAGCAUACUAAGGAACCAAUCGCAGUCGAGUCCAGGUCCAAAAGAUAACCAGAUCAACCGCAACAACAACAACAAUGGCUCUCGCAUACCGACUAAACCACUGCUGGCCAACGCCAGGCCACCUCCAGAGAUUUUGCAUGGCGAAACACAUUCGCAUAAAUCACUUGCAUCCGCAUCCGCAUCAUCCACAUCAUCCAUUCAUCCGAAACUACCCAUAUUCGCAGCACCUCUUGACACCAAUCUUAAUUCUCAUUUGCGCUUAAAUCGCCCCCACUUGCACCAUCCACAUUUCACUUAUGCAUUGCACCAUCAUCACCAACAUCACAAUCACAAUCUAACUAGCAAUCUUCCAGCCCAGCUUGCUCAGAAAACGAUUGGACUUUCCGACUAUUUGCGCCCGCCCCAAAAUGCCCCCAUCUUUCACCCGGUAAAGCUACCAGGUCGUCGUCCCUAUCCAGGACCCAUCAAGAAGGUGCCCGCCUCGCGCCCAAUUCUGCCCCAGCAACAUCCACAUCCGAAUGUACGCCAUCCCAUUGUACCAGGGCCCAUUCUUCCGUCGUCCUCGUUGAUAGUCAAUCACUAUCGCAAACCAGUUCCCAGUUUGCUGAAGCCUUUCCUCAAGGAGAAACCCUUUCCCAUUCAACCUAUAGCCGCAUCGGUGUUGCUGCUUGGCCAACCCACAGAACUGGGAUCAGCGGGUCAACGAAAGACAGAUAUGGCCGAACGAGAGAGAAAACCCAAGCCCGUCCCAGUACCAGUUCCUUAUGUGGAUCUGGAGCCUCAAGGCUCUCUGCAGAGUACCAGCUAUUCCAAGUCUCAUUCUAAUUCAGAACUCAAGUCACCAACAACGACAACAACAACAGCGUUGCCGCUGAUUAUAAAACGUCCUUUGCAAAGUGAGCCAUCAUUGCAGGAUAUUGCCAGUAUGCAGCCGGCUAUUAAUCAUGGGUUCAAACCCGAUUCCGUUGUUGUGGAGAGCGGUUUUCGUCCAAUUAUGCGCAAUGAUGGUGUCCAGCUGCCACCGGAGGUGAUCAAACAAGUGGCUCAUAGACGGGAAGAUCCAGGCACAGAAAUAGAUGAAGUCAUGGAGACAGAUACACUUUUCCUCACCGCCCAGCAAGGUGGCGAGCCGCAGAGCUUCGAACCCAUGUUCAUUCCUUCACCCUUGGAUAGCACCAAUAGCACAGGUGUAAUUAUAAAACAGGUGGGUCAACAGGAGAAGAUAGGAGACGCCACGGCCUCAGCGCUUAGAUUACCCUCUUCGGCAUUGGAGCAUGCUUUGCCUUCAGCAGCCGAAUUACGAAAGCCCACACUUGAGGAAUUAUUUGACGACGAGGCGGAGGAUGAAUUGGAGCACCGUCUUGAAAUAGAUGUCCAAGAUGAAACGCAAAGCACUGUAAAAGUACCCACAUCGUCAUCUACACAGAAAGUGUCAUCCCUCGAGUAUGAUGAUGAAAUUGCUAGCCUAUUUGAAGACGAAGACGAUCUAAUGGGAAAGGAUUCUGCAAUUGGAGAUGACAUGGAAACGGAUGAUAAAGUAGCCGCAGCUGCAGAACGUAUCGAUACAUAUUACCUCCCGCCGGAUAAUCGUAAAAUUCCCCAUGCCAGCCUGCCCAGCGGAGCCGUAUACACGUUCGAUGGCAAAUCUGUAGUCGAUAGCAGUCUAGUUCUACCACCAAAGUUGGAUGCCCGCGACUCGGAGCUACUGCGUCACACAAACUAUGGCAUCUCGCCGUUGGAGCAGUUGAUACGGACUACACCGCAAUUUGGGGCCUAUCGUGGCGAAUUGCCCGAGGAGUUCUUAACCACAGAAAAAACAGGACCGCCAGUGACAGAAUAUUCCAAUCCAGUGCCCUUUAGCCGAACCAUAGGCAGCAGCAGCACUAGCACCAGCACCAGUAGUACCACUAGCAUCAGCGGAAGAACCACUCACUCAUCACCAUUGCCGCUCUACUCGUCAUCGUCAUCAUCACUGCGACCCAUUUCGACCAAGUUGCAUUUGCUCACAUCCGACAACAUUAACAGAGGCACGUGAAUAGCUCAAUUAUUCAAAUAGCAUGUAAGUCAGCAAGCCAGCGAGCGAGUAACUAACUGAUAAUCAAAGUGAACUCACCGUCACCAUCUCUACAUAUAAUCACAUCAUCAUCAAUUAAAUUCUGUAUUUUACAAUUAGUCUGUAGGCUUCUUAAAUUGUGUGUUUUUCAAUAUAUAUUAGAUAAGAUAAAAUCAUACCAUAUGUACUUAUGUUUAAAAUGCAUUUUAGUAGUUGUCGAUCGAAAUAAAACCAACAUGAAAUGUGACAAAAUUAUUUUUA